AUGACGACAGCCGCCCCGAUAUCGCCAAGUCGACCGUGGGCAGGAGGGAUGCCCUUGGCGAUGUAUCCGCCAAACGAUCAGGAGUUCGUUCUGAGGACGCAGAGAGCAAGUGCAAGGAUACAAGAAAUUACCAAUGGAAACGGGAAGCCCGAGGUCGGGGCCUGUAUUAGCGGCUCGCCCACGGAUGGCGUACCCACGACCCACAAACCGACAGUCCAGCUUGGUGGCAACACCAGCUCAGCUUUGAAUGGUACGGCGGAACGAUCGGGGUGGUAUGAUCGACCAAGACGCCUGUCCAACAACAGCGAGGCCAGCAGCACGGUAGCCAGCAGUGCUUUUUUUGACGGUGAGAGUUUUGAUGGACGGAUACGUACCAUGUCGAUGAGCAGCAGUCAUACGAGCGUCGAUUCUUAUCCGAUAGGAGGUCCACAGUCACCAGCAGCUCAGCCAAGAUGGCAGACACCGUCAAACACGCCGCUCAUCAUGGGAGCUGGAAACGCUGUGGGGCCAUGCUCACAGUCCUACCCGUGGCAAAAACCAGCACCAAUCAAGCAGUAUCGAAAAAAGGCACAGGGAGAGCUAUUUGCGGCAUUGCCGGGCGAAGUGUUGGAGCUGAUGCUGGAAGAGUUGCGCAAGCUGCAUCUUGGCCAGGGCCGGAAUAGUUGUGCUACUUGCUGGAUGCGCGAUUGCUGCUCGGUUGCCCUCAGCGCUCGCAAGUGUCUCAAGUAUGCUCGGGAGGCCUUGUAUGGGCACAUUCACAUUGUGGGACAUGAGGGCCCGGCCAUUAAGAAGCGGACAAAGACGACGUACGGGUCGAGACUGAUCUUGCUGAGGCGGACUCUGAGGUCAAACGCCCAGAUUGCGGUGAUUGUUCGGUCGCUGAAGCCACCUGCAUUGCCUCAGGGGGUUGGGUUGACAGAGUACAAUGAUUUGGUUGCGUCGGUGAUCAUGGCAUGUCCCAGCCUGGAGCGGCUUAUUGGAUAUUACCCGACGUUCAACCACUCUUUCCAAAGGAUAUUCCAGGCACUCUCCACGCGGCCCAAGCUGAAGGAGAUGAGCUGGAUUUUGGAACCGUCACCGUCACAACAACAGCAGCGGUCACGACCGGGCGGUCCAAAUAGCCAUUGGGGCCCGGUAGAUCUCACACGGCAGGAAGCCCAGGGAUUCUUGGAUUUCAACAUGAAUUGGAAACACCUCACCACACUGGUAGUUCACUGCCAUCUCGGUGCCACGCUCAGCCCACCCAACCUCCUAGACCGCACCGUUAGAUGUCUUCCAGCCCUCCAGAAUCUGUAUCUCUCUCACCUGCCACACUCAGCGUUCGAUGACAGUUCUCUUCUGGCCCUCCCUCCACUGAAGACACUAUCGUUGGCUCAUUGCACAGGCGUAACCACCAACGGCCUUUCUGCCCUUGCAACUCGACGCAACAGCAAUUCCCUCCACACGCUCACCCUCAUUCACUUGAACAUCGAAUCUCUCCCCGCCAUCGCUCGACUAUUCUCGUAUCUUUACUGCCUCGAAACCUUCAACAUUGUUCAGACAAUCGCCCCUGCGAUACCACCAGACGAGUUCAUCAUGCUCUUUCCGUAUCUCGCGUGCCGAACCCUCAAACGACUGCACUGGGACAUUCCAUACCUACCAACACAGUCCACACCCUCGGAUACCAUCCUCGCAAAGUCCAUCAGCGCAGGGGGCUUCCCCGCCCUCCGCUACCUCUGCGCGCCGAACGACCCGGAAGGGAUCUUCCAGGCUGUCUGCCAGCCGAGAGAAAAGGUCGAUUUGCCAGGUGACCGCUUCCGCGGACGAGCCCACAGUUACGGGCACGCACACGCCAACAGCACUUCCUCUCGCCGUCCCAGCUCGUCCCAAGCCUGGCAGGGUUUUGGCUCGGGCCACCACCGCAACUCGUCCACUGCCUCGUCGCAGCGGUCCGGCAGCGCGCUGGGGUUCUGGGGGAGCAGCAACCGGUCUCGAAGCGGGAGCCGGUCGGGCAGCAGAAGUGGAAACACCCCACCGCCGGUCAGCCCGCUCUUCCCGCCGCCGGAUGCGCUGGAUAUGAUGGCGCGGGAUAAUAGCGAUUUGCACCAGGCGAGGAUGGCGGCGCAGGCGAGGAUCGACCAGGCGAAGAAGUAUCCGAGGUUUUUCAUUCAGGUUUUUGACGAGGGGGGCACCAUGAGGGAGAAGUAUGGAGUCGGGGCGUUUGUCGGGACGGUGGGGAGCAAGGUUAGGUAUGUGCUGACUCCGAAUGAGGGGUUGGGACAGACGGACGAGGGAGGGGGGUUGGUGACGGUGGAGGAUAUGAUUAGGGAUGAUGGGGGGGAAGCGUUGGUUUUGGGGGGAGGGGAGGGGGAUGGGAGAAGCAAGAAGAAGAAGGGUGCUGGGAUUGGGGAACGGGAGGAGGGGGAGAAGAGGACUAGGGAGGGAUGUACGGGACGGUGGAAUACGUAUUCGGGCAUGGUGGUUGAUAAGAAGGACAAGGAACGGUGGUGGCAUCAGGAGCGGGGGAGGUGGAGGCAGACGGUCCCUUCUUGA